AGUACAAGUGUAAUGACAGUUUGUACUCUACUCUGCCAGUGUUAAGGUCGAGAUGGCAGAAUCUUAUGCGUUGCGUUUAUAACUGAUGAGAAAAAGCAAGCUCGGUGUCUGUGAGUUCUGAGUUUCAAAAACUGUACGAUUUGCACAUAUCGUUGUGAAUUGUGGAGGUCAUGUUAUGGUAGGUGAUGUGUUACUUUGAGGAAAGAUUGGAUAAGUGUUGUAUCCGGCAUACGGGGAGGGUGUUAAUCAGCACCAUGGAUCGAAACAAUUCAACCCUUGUGUCGAUUGGACGUUUGAUGUUGUUUGCCUCUUUGGUUAUCACUGUCUACGGCAUAGGACGUUCCAGAGAAGAAAUAGAGACGCGGAGCAAGUACGGCGGUACAUUAGAUUACAAGGUUUACGUAGAAGAGAAUCAACCAGCAACCGUACCUUGUGACCAAAUGAGCAAUUCGAUGCCGGAUUUCAUAUGGCUACAAAGAUCCUACAGCAGUUCGGUCUGGAACAAGCUGAAUGUUUCAAGCCAUUUACGUAUCAAUGAAACCGCCAUCUGGAUACUUGAUAUCGCAAAUGUGACAUCCGAAGACAAUGACAUGAUAUACCAAUGCGGUAUGCCAUGCCAGAUUCCUAAGACUACCCCAGGAUUCCCUCUUUGUACCAGAUCACUUAUUAAGACCUAUAAAGUGGACAAAAAUUACAAAAGUAUCCGAGCUGUCGGUUCGGAUCGCAUUUACCUACAAAUUUAUGAGGUGGAUUUUAUCACUCCAGAUAUAGUCUUGAAUCGUUUUACAUAUACGUUAGAUAUUACGUAUCAGGAAAAGGGUACGGACCGGUGGCAAGAAGUGGGAUCACGGUCAGACAUCGUACCCAGUGACCUUAUUCUAAACGGAUUGAAACGAAAUACUACUUACCUAAUAAGAAGCCUAAUCAGUUUUCAUUUCCACUUUAAGUACUACACGAUUCAAUAUAAAUGGGUUACAACGUUGAAAGAAGAUAUCAAAUACGAACCAACUGUUUCAAUUUUGAGAAUGACUGGUAGUUCAAUAGCGAUUGAAUGGACCGCACCACCGCCAGAAUUGGAAGGUUACAUUAGCUUUUACAAUGCAUCACUUCAAGGGGGACUACAGAACGAGAAACAGCUUGUAUCACAAAUAAGAAAGUUAAGCCACAUUUUCAAGGGACUUACUGCAGAGAUGAAAUACGAUGUUCAAGUGCAAGCUUGUUCUGUUGACGCAUGUCGACAUGCGUACACGGGAACCAUUUUAAAGGAUGUGUAUACCAAACUCGAAGAUGAGUUAGAUCCCUAUAUUCAACCGACCAUAUUUCUGAAUGGAAUGACCAACGAUUCCAUAACCAUCGGAUGGUAUAAGCCCGAUGAUUCGUACAAGGGUCCAGUUAUUGGUUACUACCAUCCAGUGCUGUCGGCGCAGUACGUUACGAUUGAAUCAGUAUACGUAAAUGGGACUACACUUUCUUUCUCGUUUGAAAAUCUGCUGCAGAAUGUUGAGUAUGAGUUUCACGUGACGGCCUGCGGAAAAUACAAAUUGAAUUGUGGUAAUCGGAGCGUUCCAAUCAAAGCUAUGAUUCGAGGUACUUCCGACAGCUAUUGGAUUCAUGUUGGAAUAUGGGUGAUUGCAUCGGCGCUAAUACUCCUUAUCUGUAUGAGCGCGCUCACUGUUUGGAAACUUCGGCAAAAGUCAUUGAAACGGAAAUUGAUCAAAGCCAGACUCGAAUACUUCAACAAUGGGGAUGCAACGAUUCUGAGUCCAGACGUGGCUGUCAGCGAUCAAGCUGAGCUACUGCCUUACCUGAAGAAAUACGAGUUUCCUCGAAGUCUCCUUAUCCUCGGCGACGUGUUGGGAAGUGGGGCAUUCGGAGUGGUCAGAAAAGGACAGGCGAAAACCAUUCGCAGUCGCGAGGCCGUCACAACAGUUGCUGUGAAGACGGUCCGAGCCACAGCCAGUCUGGAUUGUAUGACGGCCCUUCUUCGAGAACUCAGGAUUCUUUGCUAUCUCGGCGAACAUCUGAAUCUUGUUAGUCUUCUUGGCGCUUGUACGAAAAAUAUAGAGUACGGGCAACUUUUCGUCAUCGUAGAAUUUUGUCGAUUUGGUAACUUGCAUGACUACCUGUGGCGCCAUCGGCGCGAUUUUGUGAAUCAAUUGGAUACUGACACUGCGGAAAUUCGUGAUCAAAAUCCUUCUGAAGAUGCACUCGAUACCAACGAUCAAAAUGGACAAUCAGGCUCAGAGGGCGACGAAAAUCCAGAAGCAGAAGACUGUGGUGAUGGCACUAAUGUCACUAGUACAAGUAUGACAACAGACCUCGUUGUCACUGGUGCUGAAGCCACCGAACCACGAGUGCUUUUCAAAUACCCAGGCGAUUACAGAGGCAUAGAGACAGAUCCGUUGCGAACGCGAGACUUGGUCUUUUGGGCUUGGCAAAUUUCACGUGGCAUGCAGUAUCUCAGUGCCAAGAAGGUUCUCCACGGAGACUUGGCGGCAAGAAACAUUCUCCUCUCUGAUAACAAUGUUGUGAAAAUCUGUGACUUUGGACUGUCAAAGUCCCUCCGCGAGGAAGAGAACUUUACGAACAACGAGCGUGGUCCGCUUCCGGUGAAGUGGAUGGCCAUCGAGUCGCUCAGGGAUCGAAUAUUUUCAACGAAAUCGGAUGUUUGGUCGUACGGAGUCGUUCUGUGGGAGCUUUUCUCACUUGCUGAUACGCCGUAUCAUGGGAUCAGACCCGAAUAUAUGUGUCAAACUCUGAUCGAAGGUUAUCGUAUGGAGCGACCGAAAUACGCGCCGCAGAUUUUGUACGAUAUGAUGUUACAUUGCUGGAAAGAGGAGCCAUCGGAACGACCCUCAUUCGAAUCGCUCGCCUGGAAAAUUUCUGAUAUGGUGGACGAGCAUGUGAAAUUGUAUUACCUCGACUUGGGCAAUCCGUACACCGAGAUAUACGCUGAUGUUUGGAAACGUGAAAGAGAAACCGUGAUCAAAGGUGAAAAACCUGCCAGACAUGAAGAGACCCAACCGCAAGAGUAACAACGUCGGUCCAACCUCUUUACUGGUUUUUAUGAAUUAUUAGAUGACUAUAUGAUUACUUUGCUCAUCGAUGGAACAAGAUGUUAGGAGCAACUUUUUGGAAAAAGUUUUUUAUGGUUUAGAUUCUUAACCACAGCAUGUCUAGGAGGAUUCUUCUAGUGAAGUCAUCAACUUUGAAGGUCCAAAGCAAAAGGUUAAGUUCCACACUCAUUGGCAGUUUAUAAGAUAUACUGUAAUACAUACUCCGCACAUCUUCAUGCAAGGGUCGAAAUUUCCCGGAUUGAUCUACGAGUGAAAUAGGAAUUAUAUCAAUAGAUUUAUUGCCAGCUCAUUAUCAUCUAGUUUGAAAUACCAAUUUUCGCAAAACUAGUAACAAAUUAGCGAAACACUUCUGCUUCGCUACUUAUUAUUCAAUUCAUUUAACUUUUCCUAACCUUGGGUGAUGUAAAAAAAGUAUUGAUUUCAGUUGUGACAAUUUGUUUUAACAAUUUGUGGAUAUUUAAUGAAGCGUCUAUUUUUAUUAAUACCAAGAAUAAAUGUGACAAAUUAUUAUAAGUUAUAAUUUUGCACAAUUGAACAGCCGAGGCAUACAUAUCAACAUCAAAGACACUUUCAUUCGUUACGCUUCUUAUUAUCGAAAUUUCAAGUGAAUCAUUCUUUUGUAUGAACACCUUCUCUUUGUUUAGCAAAUAAAUAUAUCAGGGGUAUAUAAUUGUAUAAAUAAAAUUGUAAAUAUUAGUUAUU